AUGGCCUCGUCGAGCUCGUCUGGACCGGCCGGCACCUCAGCGGCGCCACCACCCCUUCCCCCGCCGACUCGCUCAACAGCCGUCACUCGCUCGAUGUCCCGUCGCAGUCUCGCAGGCCCGCUCGACUCUUCCGCACUACCUUUGACUACGGCUUCGAGCGCGCGACGGAUCCCGCCGGGCGACGGAGCGUCGACUUCGGCUGCCCUCCCUCGUGCUCGUUCAACUACUUCGCUCGCACAACUCGCCUCGACCCGUCCCACCGGCAAAGUGCUCGUCCCAUCCACCCAUGCGCCUGGUUCGAUCCGGUCACGCCGAAUCUUGGGCGAAUCGUCGAACUGGGUCCCCUCAGCUUCGUCCUCUUCCUUGGGCGCCUCUACGUCGGCAGCGGCGAAGCCUAAGCCCCGCUCGAGGAGGCUCAGCACAGCCGAAGCAGGAAAGAUGACGGGCAUGGGCGUUGUCCGCGCCGGACCGGCGGUCAUGGGCCAUCCUCCGCGCCGGUCAACAUCGACGCCUUCAGGUCUCUCGACGAGCGACGGAACGGGCGAGAUUCUUGCGGGCGGAUCGAACGACCCGUUCUCAACGGCAUUCGUCAGGCCGACGUUCGACUUCGAGGUUUCGGGCGGGGCGAGAAAGGCGGAGGUUCAGCAGCCCGAGCCGCCAAAACGGGUCGUCAAGCCUCUUCCGAGCUCAAGCUCGGCCGGGACGGCGCGAACCGUGCAUGGUCGACGACUUGCUACGCAGCUUGGCACGCUGGUGGAGGAGAAGGAGGACGUGGCGCCCGCUCGCGGGUCAGCGGCGAACGCGCUGCCGUUCGACCUGACCUCGCCGAGGAAGCAGCGGCCUGCAUCGCCUACCAAGCCGUCCAGCUCAAAGAGUCGCCCUCUAUCAAUUUUCGACGAUGCGACUGCUUCCGCGAUGGACGUCGACCCCUUCCCUAUCGCCUCUGCCGCCCCGACAUCUGCCAACCUGCUUCCGAUCCCUCCCUCAUCACCUGUCCGCGGAGCUAUCUCCCCGCGGUCGCUGACAGGCAAGAGCGCCUUCACGCGCAAGCUCGACGAAGUCGACUCCGACUCGGAUGACGAGGACGACAUCGACUUCUUGAGUCCGCGGAAGAAACGGGAUGCGAAGAGGAUCCAUCUGGCUGAGCCGUCCCCUGUUGCGCCGCGCGUGCUGGAAUUUGCCGUCGGCGCGAGCUCGAAGGCGUUGGAGCAGGUCGAGCAGAGCCAGACGAAGAGGCCGACUCUUCCUCGCAGUCCGCCGCCGAAGAAGCGCCUCCCUGCCCCUUCCGCCCCGAUCGCUCCUGCGCCCUCCAUCACUCGCACAGCUCCUCAGCCCUCGCGGACCAUGUUAUCGUCUGUUCCGAUGCAGCGCACGGCAGGCCGGACGUUUGGGUUGCCGAACCUGACGGCGCCUGCGAUUUCGGCACCGAUGUCGAGGACUGUUGCAGCGCGGCCUCCGACAACGACGGCGGACGGAGGCGUCGGAGCUAUUGACUCCGUGGUCAAGCCGCUCCCAUCGACCGGCACUUCCCGUCCCUCCACCACGUCGGCAGCCGCGCCAAGCUUGACGGCUGCAGCAAGUCGCUUGCCUCGCCCGUCUAGGCCAUCACUCGUCCACGAUGCAUCGGCCAAGAUGGACGGCCGCCAACCUAUCGCUUCCACGUCGACCGCUCCGCGUCCAGCUGUCGCCGCACCUUCCGCCCCUGCACCUGUCGCCUCGCCUGACGACUCAAUCAUGAUCGACGACUCGUCCGCCUGCGCCUCUGCUGACUUGUCCACUGCGUCCGCCACCUCGACGACCUCGGUCAGGUCAGAAGAGACUGCUCGCCGACUCGCCAACCUGCAGAACAUGCUCAGCAGGCUGCAGAUGCCCAAACCGGCUGCUGGACCGGCGUCGAGGCGUAUGAGCGAUGGAGCAGUUGCGCUAGCGGAUGUCGGGGAGGUCCCCCUGCCGCCGCCUUCGACGGGAGAGAUCGGCUCGCGCACUGCGAGAAGGGCGUCGAGGGUCCCCCUCAUCGCGCCUGUUCCCUCCUCAUCGGCUCCGAACGUCCACAUCGCGCCUCAACUACCGUCGACAUCGAUCAAUCGCCGGCGAAGCAGCAUCGCGCCGCCUCGCGCACCGUCGAGCGCUGCCAGCCUCGGCGACACCUCUUGCCUCUCCACCGCGUCUGCACCCGCUUCUUCCCGCCCUGCGACCGCUCGUCGACUUUCCGUAUCGACCUCACUUCUGACCGCUGGCGGUUCGUCGUCUUUCUCGCUUGAAGGGUCGGCCCCGCACGCUGGUCAGCGCAAGGACAAGGCGUUGCAGGGCGUUGUCGCGUUCGUCGACGUCAGGACUGCGGAAGGAGACGAUUCGGGCAUGAUCUUCGUCGACAUGCUCAAAGGACUUGGCGCGAGGGUCACGUCGCGUCCUUCGACGCUUACGACGCACAUCAUCUUCAAAGCCGGUCGCGCCUCGACAAUCCAGUUCUACCGCUCCGCGAACCCCUCGCACCGCCCUCACCUCGUUGGCAUCGCCUGGGUCGUCCGCUGCGCCGAGAUCGGUGCUCGCGUCGACGAAGGGCCGUUCCGCGUCGAAGAUGCUGUCGCGCCUGCGCCUGGGACUGGAAAGGAGAACGUCGACGUCGUCGCGGCUACCGCCCAGGCCGCACUCGGACUUGGCAAGCCCUCGACCGGCGCAGCGAGCGGUCCGCACAAGCGUCGCAAGUCGAUGGAGCCGAAAGCGCUCGCGCAGCUCAACAACGCCAACUCGAGCAUGUCGGCUGCGAGCGAGUCGGCCCUCAAGGCUUCGAUCGCGGCGUCUAUCGAGCGCGCGAGGCGGAAGAGUCUCGCGUUUGCACCCAAGGUCGGCAGUCCGCUCGCCAAGAGGGUGUAUGUCUUGCCGGAUGCGCCAGAGGAGGACGAGAUGGACGAGUAG